AGAUUAUAUAAUAUAUUGAUGUAUUCAGCAUUUGCUCAAUUUACUAAAAAAGAAAGUGUAAAGAUGAUUUUUAACUUUUUAAAUAAUAAAAGAAAAUUGUGCACAGAGCAGGGAAAAUGAAUAGCAAGUCGUUAAAAAUUUAACUUUAUGUUCAACAAAGAGUUGCAUUUGCUUGACAACUCCCAUCGCCAACAAUUCAUUUCAGUGCUUUUCAGAAAUUUCUUCUCCACCACGAAUCAUCAAAAGCAAACCAGCAAACAACGAAAGCAAGGCGAAAUCAGUCACACAUUCGGAUCACAAUUCGAAUUAUUUUUUGCGCAAUAUACAAGAAAAAGCUUUCAGUUAAUUUUCUUAUUAGCUAUUUUUAUUCAAUCAUUCUUUGAAAAUCAUCUGCCUGGUGAGGUAAUACGGAGAAUAUUGGUGCAGUUCACAUAACUUUUUGCAAAUUAUUAUAUGCAAAAAGCAGAAAUUGCGAUACAUUUCUUUGUAUUCACGUGUGAGUUCGGUUAUAUGUGCGUGUGAAAAGCGAAAGAACAUAAAAAAAUUGGCGCAAAGGAAGAUAAGCAAAUAAUUGGCAAAUUUGUAAGGGUGUAAAUUUAGCGAAAAGAGCGAUAAACUACUGGAAUAAGUGUCUUUGGGAACUGAAAGCAAUUUUUAAAAUCCAAAAUGCAGCAAAUGACUCAAAUUAUUACAAAUUUACUUUCUUCGGAUAACGAUGUAAUCAAAAAGGCCACCGCUGAUUUACAGGAGGCUUACAAGCAUCCUGAGACCGUACCAGCUCUUUGUGAAAUUGCCGUCUCGGCACCGGAGCCACAGGUGCGUCAAUAUUCUGCUGUACUACUUAAAAAGCACUUAGCAAAACUGCGUCAAUGGAACAAAGUACCGGUUGAGCAACAGCAAAUUAUUAAGCAGGGUAUGCUUAAUGCCCUCAUGCAGGAGCAGCAAAAGUCUGUACGUAAGGCUAUUGCUCAAUUUGUUGGUGUCUUGGUGCGUCACGAAGCCAAAAAGUCUGACUCAUGGAUGAACGAAGUGCUAAAAUUCAUCUACAGCUACUGCUCUUCGGCCGAUCCUAAGCAAAGCGAGCUGGGUUCGUCUACAUUUGCUAUUUUGGCUGAUGCGGCCCCGGAUCAAUUUUUGCAGCAUAUGGAAUCGGUUUGUGAAAUGUUCACUGCAGCAUUGGUGGCCACCGAAGCAACUGGCAACAUGGCUACACCUGUUAUUUUCAACAUUCUAACUGGUAUGACUUAUUUGGUGCCGUUCACAUUGGGUCACAACACAGCCGAACAAACGUUGCAGAAAUCCAUACCAUUGAUUGUUAAAUCGCUUCAAGCGUUUGCUGUGCAGCCUGAGGUCGAUCAAUUUGUUCACGCUUUUGAUAUUCUCGAGAGUAUGGCAGAUUUGAAUGCUAAAUUGCUAAACAAUCACAUCAAAAUGUUGUUGGAGUUCUGCUUGGAGGCAGCAAGUAAUGCCCAACUUGAUAGCGCUGUGCGCAUUAAAGCCGUUGCUUAUGUUGGCUGGUUGGUGCGCCUUAAGAAAAAAUUGAUUAUCAAACAAAAGUUGAUCGAGCCCAUAAUUCGAGUAGUUUUCAAUUUGAUGGCAACUGAACCCGAAGACGAAGAUGAUGAUGAAGAAUAUUUUUUGGGUGAAGACAACUCGAACCCGAUGACAACGGCUACUCAAACAAUGGAUCUGCUUGCAUUGAGCGUGCCACCAGAGAAAUUGAUUCCGCCACUAUUGCAACUUUUGGAGCCCGCCUUGCAGGGUCAGGACCCACUGCCACGUCGUGCUGCCUACUUAAGCAUGGCCGUUAUAGCCGAAGGAUGUUCGGAGGCUAUUUGCAACAAAUAUCUGGAAACCAUGCUGAAUAUUGUUAAAGUAGGCAUCACCGACCCAAUACCACUUGUACGCAAUGCCGCCUUCUUUGCGCUGGGACAAUUCUCCGAACAUUUACAACCAGACAUCACCAAAUUCGCACCACAAAUUCUACCAAUACUCUUUGAAUUUUUGCAUCAGCUCUGCAAUGAAUUGCGAGCAUCCUGGCCGAACGAUGUAGUCACCGAGCCAUGGCCGCCUAAAACUGAUACAAUACUUUAUAUGAAUCAGCUGCAAAUUAAGCGAAAAUCGGUUUUAACUAAUUAUAGCGGCGGCACUGAACCCAAACACAUUGAUCGUAUGUUCUAUGCGCUAGAAACGUUUUGCGAGAAUUUGGAAGACGAAUUGGUGCCACAUCUGCCGGUGCUUAUUGAAAUUUUAUUCGAAGCUCUGAAUCCCAACAAUUCGGUUCGUGUGCGUGAAUUGGCUUUAAGUGCAAUUUCCGCUGCCGCGAAUGCCACAAAUGAGAAUAUGCUACCCUAUUUCCCACGCUUAAUUACCAUUUUGCAAUCAUAUUUGGCUCCAACCGAAAACGAGGAUAUAAUCAGUCUGCGUCCACAGGCCAUCGACACUCUGGCUGCCUUGGCACGCACGAUCGGCAAGCAAAACUUCAUGCCGUUGGCCACUGAUACUAUGACGUUCGCUUUAAAUUUACUCGAGAAGGCUGAGGAUCCCGAUGUACGUCGUGCUCUUUACAAUUUGAUUGCCUCAUUGGCUGAGGUGGUAAAUGAGGAGAUGGCCUCCGUUUUCCCGAAGGUGAUUGAACGCAUGUUUGACUCUAUCCUCUCUACAGAGGAGGUAGUUCCAGAAUUUAAAGACGAUGAUGGAGUACCAGCGCCAGCAGAGGAAGCCGAUGAGAACGAAGAUGACAUCGAUAUUGAAAACUCGGAGGGGGAGGAUGAUGAUUUAGACAACAUUGCGGGAUACAGUGUUGAAAAUUCAUAUUUAGAUGAAAAAGAGGAGGCCAUUUUAGCAUUGAAGGAAUUUGCCGAGCAUACCGGCGCCGCUUUUAUCCCUUACUUGGAGAAAUCUUAUCAAAAUGUUUACAAGAUGAUCGAUCAUCCACAGGAAGAUAUACGUAAAGUGUCAAUUGACGCAUUGAGCUCGUUCAUUGUGGCUCUAUACAAACAGCAAGAUUUGCAAGGCGUUUCCAAUGCUAUUACAAUCUUGAUACCCAAAUUGGGUCAAAUUGUGCAUGAUGACGAAGAAGUUUCUGUUGUAUUGUCUGCACUUGAAGGUUUGGGUGAUCUUUUGAAAGAGUUGAAGCAAAUAUCUUUGCCAACGAUUGAACUUCGCGAUGUUGUCUUCUCUUGUAUAACGGACGUGCUCCAGGGCAAGGUCGCUUGCCAAUUUGACGAAUCUACUGGAGAUGAUGACGAAGAUGCUGAGGAGAGCGAAUACGAUGAGGCUAUCGUAGAGGGUGCUGGCAAUAUGCUGCCAUUGUUAGGCGCAGCCAUGGGAGCGGAUCAGUUUAGACCAUACUUUGAGCGCACCUAUCCAAUUGUUUUACAAAAAUUGCAAAAGGCAAAGAAAAAUGAGGACCUUGAAUCGCAGCGCGCUUUCGCCUAUGGCGCUUUAGCUGAAUGUUUUGCGCCACUGGGAAAUCAUACCGGUGCGUUCUUCAACACAUUCUGUCCAGUAAUGAUCGCCGGGCUCUCUGACGAAUUCGAUCAAGCGCGCCAAAACGCCGUAUACGGUCUGGGUGAAUUGGUGCUAUACUCGGGAGAUAAAUCAUAUGAAGCUUAUCCACACAUUCUAAAUGCCCUCUCCCAGGCUGUUUCCAAGGAAACCAAGCCCAGUGCAUUAGACAAUAUUUGUGGUGCUAUUGCGCGCCUUAUCAUUAGCAACAGUUCUUUGGUGCCGCUGUCACAGGUGUUGCCAGUAUUCAUGCAACAUUUGCCACUACGGGAAGAUUUUGAUGAAAACGCCUCAAUCUUUAAGUGCUUGAAGCAGUUAUAUCUGCAAGCACGAGAUGCGAUCGCCACUUCAUUGGAGCAGGUUAUAGCCAUUGCCAUACACGUGCUUUACAAAAAAGAAUACACAGAAAAGGAAACAUACGACACCGCCUUGGGCCUACUGCAAGAAAUUCGUGAAAAUUAUCCAGACAAAUUCAGUGCUGUGGCCAAUUCGAACCCGGAAAUUAUUGCUUUCUUACAAACGCUGUAAAUGGCAAUUGGAAGAAACAUGUCGAUAUGAAUAAUGAAUAGCAAGUGGACAUAAAUUUCAUAUAUUUCAGCUAAUUUUGCAAUUAUUUGAAUUUAUAUUGUACGGUAAAUGAUCAUAUACUCCAUUGCAAUUAACAUAGUAAGAGUAGUUUUCAAAUAGGCAUACAGGCACCCCUCGUAAAUCAAACGAAAAAUAUGCUAAACUUGAAAUCUCUCUCAUUCAAUACUAAUUUGUUCGUGCUAUUUUCCUUAUUGGGGUGAUUCAAAGGAUAAAAAAGACUAAGACUGUGCGCUUUUUCAAAACAAUGAAACAAUGCUACUUGCUGAUCAAUCGCAGCUAAAGCAAAUUUGUAACCAGGGACUGAAAUGAAAAACGAAUAUUCAACAUUAAAUUUAAACAAAAAGUGAUUGUGUAAAAGUAAUAUUACUUUAAUUAAUUUUAUUUAUUUUUUUUUUCACAUAAAUAUAUUUGUGAAUUUUUCGUUUCAAUGAAGAUCAGUUAAAUAUUUCUUUUUGGUAAAUAUAUAUAUAAACGAGAACGAAUUUCAAUAAAUACGUAUCAGUCCCUGUUCAAAAUUAAGUAUUUUUGUAAUUAAAUAUUAAUUUUUUGCACGUUUUAAAAAAUUAGCACAGUUUAAAUAUAUUAAUUCCAUAUAUUUUAUAAUUACUUUGAAGAAAGCGAAUUCAACUUAGAAAUAUUUUUUGAUGAAGUUCUUAGUAUCCUACUGUGCGUCAAAAGCAGUAAUUUAUUAUUUAUAGUUUAAUGAACAUUGAAAAACAAAAUGUAAUAAUAAAAAAAAGUUUAAAUGCAAUCAAUGCAAUUAAUGCAUAUACUUGUAUACUCGAUCGUUAAACGUCCGUAUAAGGCAACUAAGACACAAAAAAUAAUACAUAAAUUACACUUUUAUUUUGUUUAAAGAUACUUCGAACUGGUCUUUAUAGAAAGAAAAUAAAAACUUAAAAAUUAAAAUGCCUUAGAUUUAAAUGUAGAUUUGUAUAUUUAAGAUAUACACAUGGAGAAGCUUCCCACAUACAAAUUUCAUCUCCACAAUUCCUCAAAUCAAAUAAAAGCAAUUGCAUUAAAAAUUGUAUUUUCGCGGCGUACAAUUUUAGACGCGCUAAAAUGUUUCAACACAAAAUCGGCGUUUUUAUGUGUGCAUACGCUAAAUUUUCUCCACCUCAUAUGAAGGUGAUCUUUUAAUCUCCAAGUGAAUAUAAAAAGGCUGUGAUAUAAACUUUGUGUCAAGUUGUUACAAAACAAAAGAAAGCAUACGAAAACGUUUCCCGUUUCUAAAAGAAACUUGAGAACACAUCAAAACAAGAAAUUAAAUAUUUUUUGUUUUUAAUAGCUGGCAUAUACUUCACCUUACAUUUUUAUCAUUCAAUUUUAAACCCACAAAUGUCACUCACAACUGCAGUGUUUGGCUUCCUGAUCUCCCAAUGUGCUCCCAUAUUUAUUUAUGUUUAGUUUUCGUUGGUUUGACCAACAACACUUACCCCACCCCUCACAUUACCCACACAGUGGGCACUGCAGGUUGCUACACAGUCAAUUGAAUAUUGGUUUUAGUGUUUGUCUAAAACUUUGCUGUGUUUUAGCGUAAAUCUCCUAUAAGUUUCUUUGAAAGUAAAGCAUUGCCAGCGCGCAAAACUUAAAUUUUAUUUUAAUAUUCAUUAUUACUUUUAGUAUGUAUUGUAUUACACAGCAAUUGAAUUAAUAAUUAUCAAUAAAAAAAAUAUAGAAAUUGUAUACUCAAUUCAUUUUUAAUAAAACGAAAAUGCAAUUGGUUAUUUUUUUUUAACUACAGUAAAAUUAUUUGUAACUUCAAUACGAAAUUUCAUAUUUUGUUUUCUUAAGUCUUUAGUUGUUAAAUUGUAUUCGCAGAGAAAAUUAGAUAAGUACUAGAAAUUCAUUACAUACAUUUAUGAAAAUGAAAUAUUAGAUGCAUCGCUUUUUGAAGAAAUUGCAACGAAAUCAAUUAAAAUUAGAAAAACAAACCAAUGUCUUAUAGAAAUUUGCAGUGUGGUAAAUUUUUUAAAAUAAAAUGUAAAACUGGAAUAAAAUGCUUGAAUAGAAAUUUA